AUACCGGCUGAAGUUGUAAACACACAAAAUGUCAAGCGCCGGUGAUUGGGGCCAGUUUCAGCAGUUGCAGGACCGUUUUUCGGACCUGAUUCAGAGCAAGUGGACCAGUGGUGGUUCGAACAACAAGAUCCGCGAUGUGGCAGACUCAAAGCGGGACCUUUUGUUCGUGUGGAACCCCAAGGACUGCAAUAUUAUUGUGGCGAAUGUCGCGUUGGUGGUCAGCACUCCGGUUGGAGGGAAAACGCAUCAGAUUCUUGAGUUGACCUCCAUUCCUGACUUCACGGUCGACCGCCUGCUUGUGAACGACACCUGCACCUACCUUGCCCUGGUGGGUUCCCGAAUGGUGUUUAUUGUCAACCUGCCUGGACGCUGGGGCACCUCGGGACUGUUCAACGCAGGGAAUGACUCUGUCCUCUGCAGGAGCCACUCGGUGGACACGUCCUUCUUCAUCAGGUCGCAAUCGCUCGAGAUCAGGGACUUCCACUGGUGUCCAUCCCCUCUGCCAGACCAGCUCUUUGUCAUACUGGCUUCAAACAACACCUUGAGAUUGUACCGAGCCGCAUCCCCGGACUCGGUGCUGCAGAAGUGGCGCGUGGGUCGCACUCCAUUGAAUCCACAGUCGAACAAGCACCUGCCGCUGCUAACCUGCCUUGGAGAAACGGCCGUUUCAUUUGACUUUCUGCCACAAAUGCCCCUUAGCUCCCUGAGCUCAGGGGGCGGAAAAGUCAUAAAAGCAGAGAAAUCUCCGCUCUUCUCAGGCACAAGCACUCCCAUACCCAAGCAAUUCUCGAUAGAUGGAGACAACGAACAGAAUUCAGAAGACCUCGUUCGGCCGAUCGCUGUACUCUUUGGAAACGGGGACGUUUUCAUUGUUGUCCCGCCAAACUAUAGUACUGAAACCCCAUCUGGUCUGAGCGCCAAGUUGUUUGGUCCUCUCAGGAUCCACCCGUCCACCCCUGACAAUUACGGGACGGAGUCCUGCUCAUUACUCUGUCUUCCAUGCCAGCCGCCCGUGUUGGUGAUCGCUUCUUCCAGCGGUGGAGUCAUCUACCACUCGAUCCUCCUGCAGAAACAUCAGGAUGGCUCUGAGUGCUGCGACGACGACGACGAAAUUCAAUCUAGCUGUUAUGAGCCUGGUGGAGAGGAUUUGGGCAUCAGUGAAUGCCAAAAGGCGCUGUAUGUUAUGGAAAAGGUCGCCCUUGAACUUGGACUGCUGAGCACAGAGCAAGAAGAGGAGCAGGCUGAAGACUCUCCUUUCCAAUGUAGAAUCCACCUUUCCAAGGAUCCAAUCUCACCAGCACGAUACUUCUGCUCCCACGAAGCUGGUGUGAACAUCAUCUGUGCCCCACUGGUGACCGAAAUACUGAGAUUGUCUGCCAAAAAGGCUUCAGUCGAAUCUGUGCUUGACAUUCUGUCUACCAAUGGAUUGGAAAGCGUGGAGCAGUAUCUCUUGUGCACCCAGGCGUCUAACCAGAGCAGCAGCCAGCGCGUACAGGGCCUGACGGUUCUCAGCUCACAAUCAAUGGCCCUGUGCAUCGUUCCGAGCGGCAGGUGCGCCCUGCUUCCUCUGCCCCUGGCCCUCUUGCAGCCAAACUCAGCUGUCAAAGAUCUGAGUGACGACAAAAGCAAGACUCAGGAGGAUCUUGCAAGCAACGCGUUCCUCGACCAAAUCAAGCGCACUUUGUCGCACUCCUCAUCUCAACCCCUUGUCAUGCUGCCGCCAGGAUCAACGCCCUCUCAUAAAGAGCUCUUGGAGAUCUUGAAAAGGAGCACACAAACUUUGAGGACUGAGUACUUGGCCAAACACGUGAUUGUUCGGGAGGGUUUGAAGCGCAAGGUAACCAUUUUGAGUAACACUGUGAACGUGAGGAAGAUGCAGGUCAUGAAAUGCGAGGAUCAAACCAAAGAGCUGGCAGCUGCGAUGGAAAUUACGCAGGGAACUCUCGCAAAGAAAAUCAACAGGAUGAAUGGAUUUCUCAAAAGGUUGCAACUACUGCACACCCAGCUGAGUUUAGCCGAGCCUGAGACUUCUGUCGCUGAGCAAAAGUUGAGAGAGUUUGUGGAAGAGAGCAGCUCCAAAAUGAACAACUAUCAAACCACGCUCAAGUCUCUCAACUCCAGGGUGGAGUGCAUUCGAAAGGAGGAUGCUAAAAAAAGGGAAAAGAAAGAGAACCUUUAUCUCGCAGAGGAGCAAGACAAGACCAUCAGGGCUGCUCUGGCUGAAAACGCUAAGGAACUGACCCGGAUGAAAGUUAGAUUGGAGAGCAUUCUGAGAGCUGUCAACUUGUCAGCAAACUCGUCAGUUGCAUGCUAAAAUGAACAUUUGUUCAAUUGAUUUGUAAUGAAGAUGCACACAUUAAAUUUUCAAGUAUUUGUUCCAA